AGAGCCCAGAGAGUCAGACUUCUGGUGGCCCUGCAGCUUCAGCUCGACAUGCUGCUGCUGUUGUUGCUGCUGCUCUGGGGAAUGAAAGGGGUAGAGGGUGGGCCUGAGGCCAUGAAGGGUUACACCCUGAGUGUGGAAAGGGAGGUGGUGGUGCAAGAGGGCCUGUGUAUUUUUGUACCUUGUACGUUCUCCUAUGCCAAGGAGAAAUGGACCUACAAAGACCCGAUUCAUGGAUACUGGUUCCAUAGUGGAGCCAAAACAAGGAGUGAUUCCCCAGUGGCCACAAAUAACCCACAGAGGCGAGCACUGAAGGAGACCCAGGGCCGAUUCUUCCUGCUGGGAGACCCACAGAAGAACAACUGCUCCCUGGACAUCAGAAAGAUCAGGAAGGAGGAUACAGGCUCAUACUUCUUUCGCCUGGAAAGAGGAGAAGCGACGUAUAAUUAUCUUUGGAACACGAUGACGCUGCAUGUGACAGCCCUCACUAACACCCCUCACAUCCUUAUCCCGGAUACCCUGGAGCAUGGCCAUCCCAGCAACCUGACCUGCUCUGCGCCUUGGGCCUGUGAGCCCCCCAACUUCUCCUGGACUGGUACCUCUGUGUCACUCUUGAGCACCAAUGCCAUUGGUUCCUCAGUGCUGACCAUCAUCGCCCAGCCCUGGGACCAUGGCACCAACCUCACUUGUCAGGUGACCCUGCCUGGAACUGGUGUGACCACAAGGAUGACCAUCCGUCUCAAUGUAUCAUAUGCUCCAAAGAAUCUAACCAUGACUGUCUACAAAGGAGUUGGUCCAGCAACUGCAGCCCUGAGAAAUGGCUCAACACUGACUUUACUGGAAGGAGAAUCCCUUCAUAUGGUCUGUACUGUUGACAGUAACCCUCCUGCCAGGCUGAGCUGGGCCCAUGAGAACCUCAUUCUGAGUUCCAUACAGUCCUCAACUCCUGGGUUGUUAGAGCUACCUCGAAUGCACCUAAGAUAUGAAGGAAAAUUCACCUGCUCUGCACAGAAUGUUCUUGGAUCUCAGCACAUGUCUCUGAGCCUGUUCUUAAAGCGGAAAUCAGGACUGAUGGCCGAGGUGGUUCUGGUGGCUGUGGUAGAGGCAGCUGUUAAAGUCCUGCUUCUUGGACUGUGCCUCAUUAUUCUCAGAGUGAGGUCACGUAGGAAGAGGACAGUGAGGGCAGCAGUGCACAGGGACUAUUCAGACACGGCCACCAGUUAGUUCUCAGGUGAGUGAAGCAGAGCCCUGCAUCUGUCUCACUUCCUUUUGGACCCUCUUUGUAAAAACCAUAGAAUGACCUGCCUGGCUCAGCAUGGCCACAGGUCAGCUGCCCAACCCCAUUCUAAAUCCUUGUCCCUGCCAAGCACCAUGAUGCUCUGGGUCUUAUCUCCACCAUGAGCUCUCUCCACAAACCACUGCUCUCUCUCUCUCUCUCUCUCUCUCUCUCUCUCUCUCUCUCUCUCUCUCUCUCUCUCUCUCCCCUCCUCCUGGACCAUCCUUACCCUUUCCCCGUUCUCUAUCUGAAUUCUGAUCAUCUCUGGUCCUCAAAUGUUCCUAGUCACAGAAUUCCCUCCACCCACUAUUUUUAUGUUCUUGACACUGGCCUUCAGAAUGAUCUUCCAGAUGGAGGCAUCACUCACUUCCUCCACUGCCUGAACAAUCCUGAACCGUCACAUAGAUGGAGAUGGGCAGUCAUCACAGCCUGCAAUGAGAGCCUUGCAUGGUCUAUGUGCUGCUGGACUCUGCUCCCAAUGUUCUCUGUUCAUUGCAUCAUGAAUUGCUUACUCGGCCUUCCCAGUCCCCUAUAUGGAAAAUUGUAUAUUUGUGAGUCUCCAUGCCUCAGAGCCCUUCCCCAACCUCUCCCCCUGUCCCUUACCUGAGCACCUCAUCCUCUAGCUGUAUAUUACUCUGGGUAGGCAUGUGCUUGUCAUGCACCUCUGAUCACAUGCAGAAGUGACAAUAUUACUACAUAUGGACCAUUUUCAUGGGUGCUAGGCAUACCUCAGGACACAGAACUGCUUCCAUUUCUGUUACCAAAGAUUGACUGAUGUAAAGAUGAGAACAGGAAUAAAAAUAUGCAAUGAAUGAGGACAUGUCAACUGGAGAUGUGAGUGUGAAGACAAUUGAUGCAGGAGAGGAGUUGGUGACACUUGAGUGAUGCUUGGAAAGCUCUCAAGUGAGAAGAAGCAGCCUCUUUGAGUCUGUUGGAGGAAGAGGCCUCCAGGAGAUGGACUGGAGAACAGUGUGCCCAAUGGCUUAGAGGCAGAAGCUGGCCUACAGUGUGGUACUCACAGAAAAAGACUGAGAUUUAGAGCAGAGGGAGGCAGAGGGAGGGCAAUGGAAGAUGUUAAUCUAUAGGGCAUGGUGAGAAACAAGAGUCUUUGAGAGAAGCAGAGCUGUGACUGGAUUUUCAUGUUAAUGGAAUCCCAAGGCUUGUCUGCUAAUAUGUCCUGGAACAGCUGAAAGGAGAGUGUGCUUGUCACUGUCACCCAAUGUCUGAGGAAAACAAUUCAGAAGGAAGAAAGGUUUCUCUGGACUCAUGAUUUCAUAGGUUUCAUGGUCAUGGGCCCUUGCCAUGGGGCUGUGGUGACAGGAACGUGUGGUAGAGGCCUGUUCACCCCAUGAAAGCUAGGAGAGGCAAAAGAGACAGAGAGGAAUCAGCCAGGGUCCCAAGAUUCAUUUGAGGUGCACACGUCCAGUGACCUCACUCUUCCCUAUACCCGCUCACUAUACAAUCCCACAAAGCAGAUGCGUUAAAGAAUGUCACUGUAGAAAUUCAGGAACCAAACACAAGCACACCCUCUGGGCAGUGAAAGCUCAUUAUGUUAGGUUCGUUUUGGAUUUUAUAUUUUCUUUCAUUUAAUUUUCACAUAUUAUCAUUUGUAGUUGUUUCUUUGAUGCAGAAUAGCUGCUUUUUUAAUAAACUGGAAAUCUGUGCACUG